AUGGCUCUGAUUAACGCGGCCAAACUCAUCGAAAGCAAAUGGAAAAUAUUUCCAUUGGCACUCAUCGUCGCAACUGUGAUUGCAUUUGUCCUGUACGAACUCGUUCGCUGGUCUGCGCGAGUGCCCAAGUUCGGAGGGCCUCCUGGAAGACCCAUUGUGGGAAAUCUCUGGCAAAUUCAUCAGAAAGAUGCCCCAGAGCAGUACCGCCAAUGGGCCAAAAAGUACGGACCAGUGUACCAAAUUCAGCUCGGGAACAUUCCAGUCCUCGUUGUCAAUUCUGCAGCGGCGGCAAAGGCCAUCUUCAAUCAGAACUCCCAUGCAACCAGCUCGAGGCCAGAGUUUUACACUUUCCAUAAGGUCAUUUCGGGGAAUACUGCUGGCACGACUUUGGGGACUAGCCCAUACUCCGAAUCUCUCAAGAGACGAAGAAAGGCUGUGGCAUCAGCAGUGAAUCGACCUGCGGUAGCAACUUAUAUUACUCAUCUCGACAAAGAAACCCGUGUGUUCUUGUCCGAGGCGCUCAGUUACGGUGACAACGGCAAGAAGGGUGUCAACCCGAUGCCACUAUUCCUCCGUAUGAACAUGAGUAUCGGAUUGACCCUUCACUGGGGAACUAGAAUGGAGUCUCAAAAUGAUCUCUUCCACGAGAUUGUCCACGUGGAAGACACGAUUAGCAAUUUCAGAAGCACGACCGGUAACUUACAAGAUUAUAUACCUCUUCUGCGCCUUAAUCCGUGGAACCAGCAGUCUGCAGAGGCCGUAGACAUGAAGAUCCGCCGCGACCGAUAUUUAGGCAUUUUGGACAAAGAUCUGGACGAGCGCAUCCGACAAGGCACCCAUAAGCCUUGCAUCAGAGCCAAUAUGCUUGUUGACGAGGAGGCCCGGCUUACCGGGAUCGAACUCAAAUCCCUCAAUCUCACCUUGCUGGCUGCUGGUCUCGAUACGAUGAAUUCUGCGGUAUCUUGGGGUAUUGGCCUGCUGGCUGUACGACAGGACAUCCAGGACAAAGCGCUCAAGUCCAUCCGGGAGACGUACUCCGCUGACAACCCACUCUGCGACGCUUCAGAUGAUCAAGGUUGCGACUAUUUGGUGGCAGUUGUCAAAGAAAUCCUGAGGUACUAUUCAGUGACGAGGCUGUCACUCCCCCGUGCCACCAUACAGGACUUCGUCUAUGACAAUAAGCUUAUUCCCAAAGGCACUGUCAUAUUCCUCAAUGUAUGGGCCUGCAAUAUGGAUCCUGAGCUGUGGGACGAGCCUGAAGAAUUCCGUCCGGAGCGCUGGUUGGAGAGGCCAGAGACACCAAUCUUCACAUUUGGCACCGGAGGCAGAAUGUGUGUUGGCAUGCAACUGGCAUACAGAGAGUUGUAUGUCCUGUUCCUGAGAAUCUUGAACAGCUUCACGAUCGUGCCCGACGGGUUCAUUGAGAGUCAUCCCAUCAAAGGGGUGGCCAAUCCCGCUUCCCUGACAACGCAGCCGAAAGAAUAUAAAGUCCGAUUUGUUCCUCGAAAUCUGGCUGCUCUAGAGCAAGGUUUGAGCCGGUCCCAGAAGUAA